UGCUGGCGCCAGUCGUUGUGCAGCACUGGUCGAGUCAGCAGCAGCAAAAGAAAAGGCUUUUGCGUCUCUUACGCGAAAAUCGAGAUAAGAUUCGGUAUCAAGGGGUUCCCAAAAUAUGACUAAUCCGCCGUCGAAAGACAUCCCACCCACGCAAUGACCGCGAAUAUGUGAGCUUCGCGAAACGAAGAAGUUCGAAGCCAAUUCGCCAGCCAGCAGUCUCUUUCCAAUCAGAUUCGAAUCAAGUGCAACAGUGAGAAAAAUUGAAAGUGAAUUGAAGAUCCUAGUGCCAUUUGCUUGCAACAUGAAAUAUCAAUGAUUUGUUGCGCGGAAUAAAAGUUGAACUAUUCAACCCGGUUGCCCAGUUGUUUGUUUGUUUGUUUUCCGUUUUGUUUGUUGUUGCCCGCUGCUGACGUCGCAAGAUGGUAUCGCUGAUAAAGAAUCAACUACUCAAGCACUUGUCCAUCUACACGAAGAACCUAUCCUCGGACAAAAUCAAUCUGAGCACCUUCCGCGGCGAGGGCGAGCUCUCGAAUCUGGAGUUGGAUGAACGGGUGCUCACCGAGCUGCUGGAGCUACCUAGCUGGCUGCGCCUCACAUCCGCCUGGUGCAACCAUGUCUCCUUCCGGAUUAGUUGGACCAAGUUGAAGAGCGUCCCCAUAACGCUGACUUUGGAUGAAGUGCGCAUCACCAUCGAGACCUGCAAUCCAACGACUCGCGAUGCAGGCGGAGGAUCUGGAGCCGGUGGAGCAGGAUCUCCCACCGCUGCAGCCGCUGCUGCACUGCCACAAGUGCCACAGGGUAAAUACAGCUUCAUCCACAAGGUGGUCGACGGCAUAACCAUUGUGGUCAACACGGUGAAUGUGAAUUUCGUGAGCGCCGCCUUCACCGCCUCCGUUCAGAUGUCGCGCAUUCGCGUGGAGUCCAAGACACCCAAGUGGGCGAAUGCCGAUCUGCGGCUGACGCGACUCAAGGAUGCGCAGAAGGGCAUCAUACUGAUCUUCAAGGAGCUCUCCUGGCAGACGGUGCGCAUCGAGGCCAGCUCGACGCAGGACAAGUCACUGACGCCCCUGCGCCUGCUCACCAAUCACGCCAGGUGCCGCAUCACGAUCCGGAAACGGCUGUCCGACUGUUCGCUGCUCGCUUCCCGCCUGGUCCUCAUCCUGGACGAUCUGUUGUGGGUGCUCACUGACUCGCAGCUAAAAGCGGCUCUGCAUUUUGUGGACUCCCUGUCAGGAUUAAUCAAGGCCGCCACUCAUGCCACCCAGAAAACGAAGGCAGCUCGCAAAAUGCAGACACUGCCCGAGUACAAGGCCCAGGUGGAGCAGCAGCAGAAUCGUCUGUCCGAAUCCGCCCAUACGACGAAUGCGCAACGCAUGUUCAACGCCUUCGAUGUGCGCGAGACAUCGUAUCACUUCUUUAGCCAGCGCAUCGAUUUGCAUUUGUGCGACGACGAGGGCGACGGGCGCUCCAGCUACCCGGACUUGGACAAGGGCGGGGCGCUACAGGUCUCGGUGACAGCCUUUCAGGUGGACUACUAUCCCUACCACCUGGCCAAAUCGGAUCGCUCACAUUGGGCCAAGUACAAGGAGGCUUCGGUGGCGCCAGCUCUCUGGCUGAAGGAAUCACUGAAUGCCUUCCGUGAGGCCGUACUUAACUUGAGCCAGCCGAACCGACCGGCCACGCAUGCGCCGCUGGAACGGAGCACUCCCGCCUCACCGAUUAUGCUCAGUGCCAGCAUGCUGGGCUCGCAGCACGGUGCCGGCAGCUUCUCCAAUGGCAGCAGCACGCCGACAGCAGCAGGAUUGGCGGGGGUAUCGGGUGGAUCGGCUGGUUCCGGAACCGCCUCCAUGAACAGUCAGUUGUCGCAGGCAGCGCAGCAACGAAGCACUCUGGAGAACCUGGCCAAGCUGAUGAGCUCUUGUGUGAUCCUGCGCAUCGAGGACUUCACCUUGUACCGGGUCACUACAUCGGGAAAGAAGGCUAUGCCCAAGGAAUUUGUUUCGGCGCAACAUAAAAGGAAGACCAAAUCCUCAGGUGACAAGGAUCGGUACUCGUUUCCCGCCGAGAUGCCCAUCAUCCAUGCGGAAUAUACUUACUUCUACUACCCCGGAGACUUUGUCUUCCCAUUGCCACCAUCCAAGGUCUUUGUGCAUGUGAAUCCAAUUCAGGUACAUUUCGAUCUCAGCUCAAUACUAUGGCUCAACUCCUUUGGCCUCAAUCUGCACGAGAGCUUGCUGCGCACGAGCGUGGGAUCCCAGAGCACUCUGCAUCCGCAACAGCAGCUGCCACGCGGCUCGAUUGCCUCCAAUGGCUCCAAUGGCACACAGAUGGCCGGCGUCAAUGUUGAGCAGGAGCCAAAUCUGAUGUACAUGGAUGUCAAGGUGGAAGCGAUUAUGCCGCGCAUCGUCAUGGAGGCGGCGUUGGAUGCGCCCAGUCAAAAGGAUCGGCCGAAGACCAUGCAGAUACAGGUGUCCCGGUUCGCGUUGACUAACAUCCGGGAAAUGGGCAGCUCAAGGGCGGAUCUGGCCCAGGCACUGCACUCCCUGCAGGAGGGAUCGCUGGUGUUUGGCUCCGGUUUUCCCUCCAAGGAGGGCGAUAUGUGCAUCGUAACGGAUCGCAUUCUGUCGCAUGUGGCUGCCUCGGAUGUGAGCAUGAUGUCACCCGUUUCGCCGACGGGUCAGCAACUGCCCCGUUCAGCCUCCACGCAGUACCUAUCCCGUUAUGUCAUGUGGCUGGAGCCGCGGGAUGUGUGGUGCAUUAAGCUGGACCCGGUGUGGGUGGAUUUCCUGGGCGCCCGCUCACUGGGCCCCAACAAAUCCAUUCCGUUCGUGGACGCGGUCCCCAUCACACUGUGGCUGCACUCCGGCUCCGCCCAGGCACAACUGGAUGUGGGAAAGAGCGGGACGGCGGGCAGUAUGGAGAGCAUGGGCAUGCCCCCGUUGCCCACGCUGCCGCCACUCCAGCCGUGCAAUCCCUUCCUGAGCGACGAGGAUGUGCGUCUAGCUGGCGUCGCCUCGGGAGCUUCGCCUCCGGCUCCUGCUCCAGAUCGCACGGCAGAUGUGCAUGCCAUUGCACAUAUAUCUAACCUGGUCAGCCUGCAGAUCGAUCACUACCAGCUGCUCUUCCUGCUGCGCCUCGCUGAGGAAUUGAACGAGAUGUCUACCUUCCUGAAUCUGGACGCCGAGCGCAUAUUGCAAAAGCAAAACGAACAAAAGUCGAUAAUAUUUGGGUGCGUUGUGCCGCAGAUCGAGGUGACGCUCGUGAUGCCAUCGCCAACACCUGGUAAGGAAUCAAGUGGUGGUGAUGCUGAAAGUGUCGUACCCGAUUCAGCUAGUUUGGGUGAUGAUUUACACAUGAAUAGCGGCAACAUAACCUGGCCAACACCACCGCCAUUGGACCAGCUAAAGAGCAAUACUUUCGGCAGCGUGGAAACACCGUCUCCGGUGACCAAUGAUCCGCCUUUCGACAAUGGCAUACACAUAUCCAAUCCUAACACGCAUGGCUAUAAUGUUCAGAUACAGAGUACGCCGACGAUGGCGUCUUCCACGGCUAGCCAAGGAUCUCGUCCGGAUACGGGUAUAUCCACGCAAUCCCAGUCCCAAACGCAAUCGAUCUCGUCCGCCUCGAAGAGUGGCAAGAGUACAGCUGCUCGAUCGGGGGCAACUGACACCGUGCCCAGUCUCACCAAGGAGAUCAACUCUGGUCUGCUGUCCAUGAAGAAGGGCUUCUCCAGCUUCAUGACUUCCAUUGACUCGGCCAUCAAGUCGGGCACGCCCAAUGACGAUGCCAGUGAUACCUUCUCCAUACAGAGCGACAUUAGCUCCGAUUCGGAUAACUUUGCCAACGUACUGGGCGAUGACAAGACCAUGGAUUGCAUGGAUGUUAUGUUCCGACUCAAUCCCUUCACCACUGACAACAUGAAGGCUUCGCCCGUGGAGAUGGCCAGUGAAGUGUAUGAGGAGCAGCCGAGUAGCUACAAAACAAACAUGUCUUCCCCAUCCGAGCCAUCGGAAGGCAGCACCUGGCGGCGACGCGAUCUGGUGUCCAUGGCCACCUUCAGAUUGACCACCGUGGAGCUUAUUCGUCAGCAGGAGGGCCCCAAAUCUUCUGUUCGCUUGCAGGUGGCCGCCGUUUCCUGUGACGAAUGUGGAGCCAUUCCCUGGGAUGAGUUGCAGAUCGCGCAUCAAGCAAACAAGACGAAGUUCGGAGCACGCUGCAAGGCUUGGAAUCUGGCGCCAUACAAUCCAGAGGCUCCACCGUGCAUCCGGAUGCGCUUGGAGGAGACUCUGAAUAUGCCAAAGGAAAUUGAGGGCAUCAUCGAUCGCAAACGCAUCCAGAGCUGGAUCACUCACCACGCCGAGAUUCGGGUGAAAGAUAUCAAUAUGGAUCUGUCGAUGAGCACCGUAAUUGGACUGGGUGAUCUGGCCGAGGAUGAGCUCAUUUCCCCGCCCAUGCCAGUGACCGUAAAUCUGGAAAAUGUGCGGAUCAACUUGCUUGAGGACCGCCCACCCGUAAAUAUUACCUCACCGGGUCCCAUCCCCAUAAAUCUGUGCAUUGGUCGCAUGCGUUUGGAGCGUGACCAGAGCGGAUUGCUCAACAUUCAGCCUAUAGAUACCAACAUGAGUGACGCACAGCAUCAGGCGUUGGGCAGUGCCUUAUUUGGAGCACCUCGAGAACGCGAUCGGGAGCUGUUAUCCAUGCAGCUGGUGAUGCAGCAGAUGAAACUGGACAACGAUCAGCUGCGCCGGCAGCUUGUGGACUCCAAAGUGAAUACGGAUAACUAUAGGCACAAGACCAAACAGGAGGCGGAUGUGCUGCGAUCGUAUUUGAAGGCCGCCCAGGACGAUAUAAGCAUAUUGCUGGAGGAGAAGAAAGCUUUGCUGGACACCAUCCGUUCCUUGCAGGUACAACUGACCUCAUCGAAUAUGAGCCGAAAGAGUGAUGGAAACAGGUAGCACAACUGCAUGGACUGCAUACAAUGCUGCGGCGAGAACAACAACGCCUAGCCCUAAGCUCCAGCCAGUGUAUGCCGUAUAGUCAGAUGAUAGAUGAUAGUGCCCCCAAACCAUGACGUUCUCAACAUCAUCGCCAUUUGAUUUUGAGUUUAGCAGAAGACUGAGCCGUUCCGAAAGCGGACACUUUUCACGUUGCCGUUCGUCAUUCUUGCUUAUACAAGAACCUAUACGUACUAUAACAGAUCUAUAACUAUUAAUUGUUUUUAUCGGUUUUAAGCUGCCACAAGCUUUUGCUAUUGUUCCAAAGAAUGCUUUUUUUUCUAAAUUUUGGAAAUAUUUUAUGUUGAUCUAUUGCGUAGCCUUUUUAGACGCAGACUUUUAGAUAACCACCAUUGUUAAUUAUUUUACAAGAGAUAAUCAAAGAUCGAACUAUGUACAGCCAGCCGUGUCAUUGAUAUUGCGUCUACUCCACAUAUUGUAUAUUAAAACCAAUUCCACUAAGAUUGGAUAGGACAUAUUGUUGUGAUUCAUGAUCAUAUCAAAACUGAAUUCUAGAAGCUCUAUGCAUUGCUGUUGUCGUGUGCUAACCAAAUAAUUGGCAAAAUUUAUUAUAUCGAACUUUAUAGUAUUCUCUCGUAUGGGAUUCACUCAACCGAGGGCUAUUGAAAUUUGUAUUCACGUUCAAAAAUGCAUUCCAUUCGACGCGAUCAUCUUUUUGCUCCACCUACUUACUAAUCAAAACAAAAUACACAAUGAAAUACAAUAAUCAAAAGUUAUACAGACAUCCUAUACCUACGCCAACUACUAAACAAACUUAAAUCAAAUGUACCAUGUUGAAUAAAUCAAAAACUCAA